GAGACUCACAGUAGCACGACCGGCAGACAGCGGAGAGCAGGCCGGGGACGGUCGGGGAGAGUCGCCGCUUGGAGAGCGGGCCGGGGACGGAGGUGGACGGGGAGAGUCGCCGCUGGAAAGCGGUUGUUACGCGGCGCAACCGGACCCCGCCUCCCUUGGCGGAAGUCGAGCGGCUGCGAAGAUGGCGGCUCCUGCGAAACAAUAUGGGCUUAUUCUCCCCAAGGCAAAGCAGAAUACUUUGGCGUUGUCAAAACAUUCUAUUUUCAAUGACUCAGAUGAUGAGACAUCAGUCAAUGAGAAUCUUCAGAAGGAGUCGCUGAAGAAAAGAAUGAUGAAGCAGACUAAAUUGGAGAUCCAGAAGGCAUUGGCGGAGGAUGCCACAGUCUAUGAAUAUGACAGUGUUUAUGAUGAUCUUCAACAGAAGAAACUGGAAAACAGCACAAAAUUACUGACUGGUCCAAAUAAACAGUCCAAGUACAUUGACAGUCUGAUGAGAGCUGUCGAUGAACGCAAGAAGGAGCAAGAUAGAAGGAUGGAACGGAAAAUCCAAAAGGAACGCGAGGCUGAAGGAGAGAAGUACGAGGACAAAGAUGCAUUUGUCACUUCUGCUUAUAAAAAGAAGCUCCAGGAAAGAGCUGAAGAAAAGGAACGAGAACACAGGGAAGCAGCAAUGGAAGCUUCUUUGGAUGUAACUAAACAGCGAGACCUUAGUGGUUUCUACCGGCAUUUUUUGAAUCAAAAAGUGGGUGAAGAGGUUAUUCCAGAAUGCAGCAUUCGUGGAACCAAGGGGAUGAAGAAAGAAUCUGAUGAUGAUGACUGUAAAAAUCACACUGGUUCAGUACAGGAUAAACCCAACCAGGAUCCAGAUGCUGACAGUGACUUUGAAAUUGACAGUGGUGAUGAAACUAAAGCUAAUCGUGAUCAAAAACAGUUGUUUUCCAAAAUGAGAAAUGAAGACGACAACUCAGACACUAACGAAGAAAAAGCAAGAAGCCGUCAAUACAGAAGACAUGUUGAAUCUUCUAGUGAGGAAGAACAAAGUCGUCAUCAACAUAUGAGCCAUUCAAUCAGAGAGGGCAGAAGUGAGAAAGGUAGGAGCCACUCAAGUGGAGAAAAAAGCAGAAGUGGGGAAAAAUCAAGGCACAAGGAACACAAACGUGCAAAGGAAAAGUACAAAGAAAGAAAUGAUCCAAGAAAAGAAAGGGAUCAAGAAAGAAAGGACAGCAAAGAUCAUAAAAGAAUCAAGGAAGAGAAAUCUAAAGACUGCAUCAGUGGAAGAGAUGAGCGAUAUCGAGAUUAUGGAGAAAGACAUAAAGAUAAGGAUGAACAAGCGAGAGAUGUAAAGUUCAAAGAAAGAGAGCGAAACAAAACAGAAAAAUAUACGACUAAAGAUGACAGAAGAAGGGAAGAAAAAUACAGAAAUCAAGAGCAAGAAGAAAGAAACCAGGACAGAGAGGUUCAGGAAAAGGGAACAGAACCGUAUGAAAGAACUGAUAAGAAAUAUGAAAGUAGCGAUACUAAGGAAGAGAGUUCUGGUAAUACUUCAGAAAAAGAAAAAUCCAGAAAACACAAUAACAAGAGAUCCAGAUUAGAAGAGAAGGAUGAACAACGAAAUGUAGAAUCCAAAAUUAAAGACGAUGAGGACAAAAAUUUGAAUAUAUUAUGUGAACAAAAAUCAAAAGAUGAGUCAGCAAAGGAAACAAAUGGGACUGAACACCCUGAAAAACUCAGUAAAUUUGUCAAGCGCAGCAAUCAAGAGACUAUCUCAUCUGCAAAAGAGCGAUAUCUUGCAAGGCAGAUGAAUAGGGCCUCAACAAAGUCGUAUAUUGAGCCAGAUGAAAGUGACUAGUUUUAUUGGAACUGGUUUCCACAAAAAAUUAACUUGAAAUAUAUAUACACACCAUCAUUUUGAAGGUUUCUGUGAUCUUGUAUGAAAUAUAACUAUUAAAACUAUUAAUCUCUAAUUAACAUGCUAAGAUUUUUGUGAAAUGAUGCAACAUAUCACUUUUGAACUAACACUCUUGAGCAUAAGGAUAGUUAUGCAUUGGUGCCAUAGGCAUUUAAGUGCAAGAAGCACUGUGCACUUAAAGAUCAGCUUUGUCACAUGUACAUCAAAACAUAGAGAGAAAUGUAACUUUUGCAUCAAUGAUGAACAGUCUGAGGAUGUGCUGAGGUGAGCUUGCAAAUGUCACCAUAUUUCUGGUGCCAAAAUAACAUGCUCACAACUUACUAACCUGCAUGUCUUUGGAAUAUAGGAGGAAACUGGCACAUUCAGAGGAAAUCCACAUUGAUGUGGGAAGCAGUGUGCAAGCUCCUUACAGUGACGGGAGUUGAACUGUAGUGCAUUACGCUACACCUCUGUGCCACCUUUGGCACAACUUGAUAAUUGGCAUAAAGAUUUUCUUUGAAGUAAUAUCUUCCUCUGGAAAAAUAUUUUCAAUAAUCAGGAAUUUUGUUGAAGAUGUAAUACAAGAAACCGGUUCUAAUAUUGAACACAAUCAGUGUCAAUGCUGAUAUGCAGGAAUAGUCUUGGUUAUUCAGGUUCAAGAAUUGGAAUGAUGGCCCCAUCUCUGUCAACAGUUUGGGUGAUUGGUUGCUUACUCUUUACUUCGUACACUUAAUGAAUUAUUUUUCAAUAAUGGGCUUGCUAACUUGCAUCGAAUAUUUAGACAGGGUGAUCAGAUUAAAAGUAGAAAAUGCUGGAGACAUCCAGCAGGGAAGGCAGCAUCUGUGGAAGUUCUGACAGAAGGUUUUCAACACAACCUGAAGUAUCAAAUUCUUGUUUUCCACUUUCCAUAAAUGUUGCCUAAACUGCCACAAGUCAUCUGCAAUUGGAUUUUUGAAUGGCUAAUGAACCCAUAAACACUACCUUAGUAUUUUUCCCCUCUCUUUUUGCAUUACUUAUUUAAUUAAAUUUUCUUUUCUUUUAUAUGUUUUAUUAUUUGUAUUGCAAUGUACUGCUGCCACAAAACAACAAAUUUCACGACAUAUGCCGGUGAUAUUAAACUUGAUACUGAGGAGGCAUAGAAGAGAGUUUUAAGCCUGGGACGGACCAGCCAUGACAAUAUGGCAUGGCAGGACUGGCUGAAGAGGUUAAUGGCCUACCUCUGUUUUUAUUUUCUUACAUUAUCUUUAUUAGUGGCUACUAUGCAGUGAACUAAGAUAACUAUCACAUCAAAAAUGUUGCAAAUCCUCUUUAAAUUUCACUUGUUUUUUUUGAGGUGGAGGGGUGUUACAAGAAAUUAUUUAUUCUGUAUUAAAUAAAAAUGUGGAUAUUCUAAAUAUUUAACAUCAUGUUACGUUGGAGAUAAAACAUUGACACGUGACCUGUACCUGGCAAUGCAUGCUUUAGUAAUGGGUUUGCUGGGAACCAUGUAAGCCAUAGCUUUAGGAGAAGGAACUAGAUGCAAAAAGGAGUCAGAGACACCCAAAGCUGAGUGUUAACUGUAUGGAAAUCUGAGCUAACAGCAAGCAAGUUAAAAGUAUUUAAACUGAGGCUGUUCUAAUUUAGUCAAGUCCUUGUAAGAAAGUGUUAAGAUCAUUACACUUUCUGUUGUCUAGAUUUUUGGAAAGGCUGUUACAGUUAUUGAAAGUCCAAAACAAUAAAAAGAGAAUCUAUUUUCCCUUCCUUACAAAUUCAGUGUUACUCACCACUGUCAGUUUCACAGAGGAAGCUGUGAUCUCCUGAACAUUGAUUAAUUCUGUUCUUUCUAGCACCAAACACUUUCUCUGGGAAGUGGGUAAAAUUAUCAUUACUGUAAUUACACUGAAUUGUUGAAUCUGAGAUGGUUGAGUAAUUUGAGUUCUUGGACAUUUAUACCAGCCUUGAUCUUGCCUUCACCUUUUCUCUAUAGCCACUGAGUGAGCAGCACCUGUAUUAUCCUGUGCAUGAAGUACAUUGUAUAUCUACAGUCAAUACUUUAUAUACUGCUGAAAUUAUCACUUGUAUUUGACCAUCCUUUCCCAGUCCCAAGAAAUAAAUACUUUCACUGUUCAACUUGCUUUCUUAUGGAUACUGUUGUCACAAAGGAAGACCAUGAUUUUAAAUUCUCUCAUUGAAAACUAACUUACAAACUAAGUAAACAAUUAGGAUCAGUUAACAAUAGAACUCUGUGGAGGAGUAGGCAACUUGGUUUUACAAAAUAUUUAGAUCGUGACACAAUUUAAACAGUGACUUUUCAACCCCUUAUGUGCUUAAAAACAGGGGUAUAUAGUUUUUUAAAAAAAAAUAUUCAGUGCUUCCACUGAACUUUGAAGAAGUCCCAGAACCCUCAGAAGAACAGCUUGCCUGUUAAAGGGGCAAUUGUGAAUGUUUAAACUACUGUUAGUUUUUUAAAAUUUUACCAAAAGGAAACCUCUCUGUCAAGCCCUCUCUCUCUCUUGCUUCCCAAGAUCUAUUUUUCAUUAAUGUUAUUUUUUAUUUGUUGGUCAUUAGAAUCAGAGUUUAUUCUAUCUAAAAUUUCCCCGUAAGACAACAGCGUCCAAUGCAUUGUCACUGUUUUGGGUUGAAACCCUGAAUCAUGACUUGAAACCUCCAAGGUUCCUUUCCACCCAUAGAUGCUGCUUAGUCCACUGAGUUACUUCAGGAAAUUGUUUGCUGCUACACUUUCCAGUGUCUGCAAUCUUUAGUGUUUCAAGCUGCAUUUGAUUUUGCAUCUAAUGAAAUCCUCCCAGAAAGUGGGGAUGUUUAGUUGAUGCAUUUGUUUUAAUUUUCAAAUCAGAGUCUAUAAAUACCCAUGUAAUAUUGUAUAUGAAAAGUCAUAAAUGCUUUAUGCUAAUGAAAUGUAAAUGACAAAUAGAUAAAUAUAGUACAGACAGUAAUUAAAUGCUAUUCUAGUAGGGGUUCAGAUGUAUCUGGAGGAGGUCAAGGAAUUCAUUGCCAUGCAGGCUAUUGCUUUGCACAGGCCUUUGCAAAAAGGUGCCAUUCAUUUUGAAAUGCUAGAAUGUGUGCAGUACCUUCCUUCUGUUUAUCAGUAGAGCUACAGUGACUGACUGACAUAAUGGGGAACUAAACCUUCUUCGUUUCCAAAAGCUGGGAUGUGCCCUUGACAGAAUAUUUAAAAAGUAAUAACUAUUAAAAAUUUGGUAGAUAAAUUGGCAUCGCUCCUAUUCAAAGUGUCAAAACAUCUCAUUAUCAGAAGGUCAAAGCUAACUCAAAUUAUUUCCAAGCACACUUUCACAGGAAAAUGAACAUGUAAAAUCGUUUAUGAAAGAUAUCAGAAAAAAACAAAAUUCCCAUUUUAUGUAGAUUAAAAUCAUAUAUAUAACUAAACAGGGAGGAGCAUGAAUUUGGUUUCUACUUGAUGUUCAAAUAUGUUAGGUUGACAAAGUGUUGAUGCUAACUAAUGGAAAUGAUAAACUUUAUUUAAUAAUCAUGUAAAGUGGUAACAGUAACAGGAGCAUACAUCUGCAUAAAUACAAUUAGAAAUAAUUUGCAUACAAAAGCUGGACAAAUACAUUCAUCAGUAACACAUGCAUAGCAGUUUCAAUAAACUUACGGACUUGACCAAGUACUGUAAAUGUACAAAAUGGCUUGACAUAACCAGUUCCAGAAACAAACCAGUCAAUCUUACAAACAUGGAAAUACUGUUAGGUUUGUGCCCACUAUGUAGCUGAGGUUAAUCAGUGAAGCAGUUAUAGGCCACUAGAUGGAGCAUUUUGCUGCACAAUAAUUGUUGAAGUGUUUCAGAUGUACAUCUCAUAAGCUAGCCAAUUUUUACAAUAUUCACAUUGCGUCUGAGUAAUGUCAAAUCAAAUUUAUAUACCAGUGCAGUCUGAUGCUAACAAUCCUGCCUUGAAAUUUUGACUGCAUAGCAACAAGCCCCAAAGAGAACAUUUAUAUUAAGGGGAUGUUUUCACCUGUGCUAAUUAGUCUAGUUUUGCACUGUUUUUGUUUUGCUUUUAGAGGUAAAGGCAAAAUAUUUUUAAGCACAAUUACAUAACUAAUGUUACCCUUUAAAGCAUUUAGACACAAUACCACAAAGUAGUAACUGCAUUCUCAAUCUCUAUUUGUCUUCUUUGCAAAAGAGCAUCUAAUACGCCCAUUGCAAAAUUGUACUUCUCACUACAUGAUGUGAAACCUUGUUCGAUCAUGAAGUUUUUGACCAGUCUUUUACAGUGAUUAAGGACAAAAGCAUUUCAUAGAUAAUUGGAAUCAGCAUGGAUCUCUUAAUACUUUUAUUUGCUUAUUUGUAAAUUUUAAAACAAAAUUUACACCAUCUCUGGGAUGAAUGGAAAUACGAUAUAAAAUGUUAACAGAUUUAAUUGUUUUUAAAUAGGUCAUUCAGAUUUAUAAGAACUAAUGAUUAUAUGCACCAGAUGGCUGCAAAAUAACUGUUUAGUUAUUCUCAUGUUGUGUGAUGGAGUUUGCUGUGCCCAAAAUGCUUGGAAAGCAGUUUGGGGUGUCUAGAAAAUUUGAUUAAUAUGCCAUCCAGCAAUAAAAUUGCUAUAUAUCAUUUAACUUUGAUACAUUUACAUAUUAAAAUACUAAUGUUGUUUGAUGAGAAAGUACUGGAGUACCCAAAUCUAUCUUGAAACAUACAUUGGAAAGCCUUGUAAAAUUAUAUUAAUCACUUCUUGCAAAACAUUUAAACAGAAAAUCCACUUAGUUUAUCAAAACAAAUGUUUACUAUCUAUUCCAGUUAUGUAUCUUUGAGUGACUCUGAAUGUUUCUUACUUGUUUAUAAAAUUUAAAUUAAGAAAUAAGGCACCCAGAACACAUGUGAAGUAAUACAUCAAAUACAACUGCUUCAUGGCUGCACAGAUUAAAAAUGAAAAAAAUACAAGUAAAUGUGCAAGGUAUAACUUAAAAUAAACAUUACAAUCCAACAAAAUUCCAGCUUGCAUUUGAUGCAAAUUUAUAAUUAAUUUUGAAAUCAUGCUUUGGAACACUAGUCAUGAAAAUAAUGCUACAUUUUAAUGAAAAGUAGUUUCCUAUAAAUAGAAAUAUUAUUUUCCCAAUUAAAAUACACAAAAUUACAUUAUAGAACAUAGAAACAGUCUGCAGUCACUAAUAGUCAUCCCUCCUUUAUAUAUAAAAAGUGUAGUAUAAUGCCCAAUGGGCAAUAAAAGAGAAACUGGAAUGUUCAUCUAACUUAUCAGUAAGUUUACAUUUGUGUGUGAAUAUGUUUAUAAUCAAUACUUAAUGUAUACCAUUAAAAUAUGAAGAAAAAAAGUCAAUAUUUUGAAGGAAAUACCGAUAUCACUAAAGCUGCAGCUUGAAGCUCACUCUGAACGCAUUUGUCUUUUACUUUGGGUUCAGGUUUUGAUCUUGUGAUACCAUUUGCUGAUCUGAGCAGUCAGUCCAAGAAGCAGAGAGCACCAACAAUGGUUUUUUUUAAAUAGCGUUCAGAUGGACACCAGAAUUAGGAGUUUCAUUUUCUUGAACUUCAGGAGUUAUACUUCUCAAGAUCCUCUAAAAACAAUCAAAAGAACAUUAUAAACAGAGAUACAAGAGAUUGCAAAUGCUGGAAUCUGGAGCAAAAAUGUGAGCUGCUGGAGGGUGUAAGGCAGCAUCUAUGGAGGGAAACAUAUUCAACGUGUCAGAUUGAGACAUUUCAUUUGAUAUUUUUGAUAUACAUUAGCAAGUUACCACUCUUAGGAACAUAUAAAUGGAUUUUCUGGUUUACAACAGACCAAACCUCCUCGAAAUGGCAGCGAAUCCUAACUGAAUGCUCAUAUUCCUGCUUGUCAGUGCCCACCAAGUUUGGUUGAGUUUUGCUGGCAAUUUCUUAACUGCAUCAGCCGUCACACAAACAAGGACUAAACUACUCAAAUUCUCCAGCAGGUUUCUUAAUUUGAAUGGAAAGGAAUGGCUGAGUGGAAAACCUGGUAAUUUAUUUCCAUUUAAGUUUGCUUAAAUAUUGUGAAUGGUUUACAAUCAUUUUAAAUUCCUAAGAAUUCUCAAUUUUUUAAAUUAAAUUCUCUAGAUGUCAGGGAUAUUUGCAAGUAUCCAAGGUCCUUGAUAACUUUAGGGACAAGGUUUUGCCAGUUGUAGAGGGUCUACAUAGUUCUCCGUUCAGAGGUUAACUUGUUCUCUGGUUGAUUUCUCACUGAAAAUUGUCCCAGACUGGAUAUCAAACAUAGUGAAUUUAGAAGCAACUCUAUACUUGCCAUAAAGUCAGCAGUGAGCAUGGACAGCAAGUUCUGGCCCAUAUAAACAAAAAAAUCGUCUUUCCACUGUUUUACCAGGAUUGCUGUGGUAUAGCUAAACUAUAUUCAACAUACAUAUGUUUUACAAACUAUGAUCUAAUAACUACCCAGUACCUUUUACAGCAAAGGAGCACAUUAGCUACUGAGGGCAUAUUAAUUAGUGACCAACACAUUUUCUUCUUCAGGAAUACUAAUUGCUUGGCUUGUCCUCCUGGUCUGCAUUUCACAACUCUGACAUUGUUGAAGUUUUCUUAUAUCAGUGUUCUCACUUUAACUGUUCCCAUUCAUUCAUUGACAUGAUAACUUUGUUUACAGCUCCAUCUUUGUUUACGAUCUCCAUCGUCACCCAGUUUUAACCCCUUCAGAGACAUCCAUCUUCCCCACCCUACAGUUUAACAAGCUUCUUUUGUCUCUUUUGUAGUUCUGACAGGAUCUCUGACUUGAAACGUUGACUAUUUCUUCUCUCACUGAUACAGCUUGGCCUGAGUAUUUCUAGCAUUUGUAUUGUAGUUUUAGAUUAAUAGGAUCUGUAGUUUAAUCUUGAUUUUCAGUUUCCUGUUCCAAAUUGGUAGUAAUUGCUUAAGCUUCCUAGAAACUGUUGUGUCAUUGGUUUUUCGCCUGAAGAAUACAACACAAAUCACUUGUGCAACUUUUAAUCAGUUAAACUUAAGUUAAUCACUUAAAUCAUACGUUGUGAAAUGUGUUGCUUUGCAGCAGCAGUACAUUGCAAUACAUUAUAAUAGAAAACCCUAUAUUACAGUAUGUACAUAAAAAUAAAAUUAGUACAAAAUGAGAGCCAAGAAAAGUGGGGUAGUGUUCAUGAGCUCAUUGUCCAUUCAGAAAUUUACUGGUAGAGGCGAAGAAGCUGUUCCUGAAACAUUGUGUGUGUGUGUUUUCAAGCUCCUGUACCUCCUUUUUGAUGAUAGCAAUCAGAAGAGGACAUGUCUUGGAUGAUGGAGGUCCUUAAUGAUGGAUGCCACCUUUUGAAUAUGUUCUUGUUGCUGAGGAGACUAGUGCCCAUGAUGGAACUGGCUGAAUUUACAAAUCUCUGCAGCUUUUUUUGAUCCUGUGCAAUGACCCCUCCAUACCAGACAGUAAAGCAACCAGUUAGAAUGUUCUCUACAGCACAGUCAUAGAAAUUUGCAAGAGUCUUUGGUGAUACACCAAGUCUCCUUAAACUCCUUGUGAAAUAUAGCUGUUGUUACAGAAUGGGAACAGAAAUAGGCCCCAAGGUCCACAAUGUUGGGCUAAAUCAAAAAACCCAAAACAACCAAUCCCUUCAAUCUACACAAUGUCCACAUCCCUCCAUCUUCCUCAUAUUCAAGUGCCUAUUGAAACGUCUCUAAAAAGCCUCUAAAUGUAUUUGCCUCUACCACCAUACCAGGCCGUGCAUUCCCGGCAUCCACCACUCUUGAGUAAAAUACAUCCUCUGUGAACUUACCUCCUCUAAACUUCAAUGCAUGCCCUCUGGUGUUAGACAUUUCUACCCUGGGAAAAAGAUACUCUGUCUAUCUAUGCCUCUCAAUCUUAUAAACCUCUAUCAGAUUUUCCCUCAGCCUCCGCCACUCCAGAGAAAACAGCCCAAGAUUGUCCAGCUUUUCAUGAUAGCACAUGCUCUCUAAACCAGACUGCAUCCUGGUAAACAACUUCUGCACCCUCUCCAAAGCCUCAACAUCCUUCCUAUAGUGGGGCAACCAGAAUUGUAUGGAAUACCCCAGAUGUGGCCAAACCAGAUAACAAAUUUGCAACAUAACGUCUUGACUUUUGAACUCAAAGCCUCAACUAAUAAAAGCAAGCAUUUCAUAAGCCUUCUUAACCACCCUAUUGAACUGCGUAGCCACUUUGAACUCGGACACCAAGAUAUCUCUGCUCAGCAAUAAUGUUAAGGAUCUUGCCCUUAACAGUGUACUGUCUCCUUGCGUAAACUCAAGGAAUUCUGCAGAUGCUGGAAAUUCAAGCAACACACAUCAAAGUUGCUGGUGAACACAGCAGGCCAGGCAGCAUCUCUAGGAAGAGGUACAGUCGACGUUUCAGGCCGAGACCCUUCGUCAGGACUAACUGAAGGAAGAGCUAGUAAGAGAUUUGAAAG